CUAGGAGCUUCACCCCUGAGUGUUUGCUGUAGUGUGUGAAGGAGGUGAUAGCUUUAAUCCCAACCAUGGGCACAACCACCCCUUGGUGAUCUGUUUCAGUUGGUUUCACAGCCUGGGAACUCCACUUUCCUGAAGCAGAAUGCUGGGUGCAGGCACUGAGACAUGCCUGUCCACGUCCUCAGAGCCGCGUGGCAGCAGUUCCUCCAGCCCUGAGUUUAAUGGGCAAUGGGAAAAUAAAAUACUUUCCUGAUAGGGAUUUUGGGGAAACGCCUGUUAUUUCUUGGAGAUAUCAUGCUUUGGAGACAAGCACUGCAGGAAUAAAGGAUGCGUGGAGGCAGGAAGCGAGCUGGGUUUGGUACAAGGAUUUGCCUUGAUUCUGCUCUGUGCUGGUAUCAUUCAUGGGGUCACGUUUUUAUUCAUGUAGUAUAAAAAUGUGUUGUUUUCCAAAUAAAGACAGUUCCUUUCUGUGCUGUAGUUAAAACACAGCUAAUGGCUUUUCAGAGCAAAUUAUUAAACAGAGACUAAGCAAAAAAUGCUGAGAGAAAUGGAAAAUCCUGAAGAAAACCUCAAAUAAAAUAAAUGUAACAUAGAAGGUGGUAGAUAAAAUCAAGAGUUGGUGUUCAUCUGCUAGAACAGAAAGUGAAGAUCUGCUCUUUUCUGUAUUCCUUUUAUCAUUUUUGAAUGCUUCUGAGUUUAUUGAGGGUCCUCAGUAGUGAAUCUAAAAGCAGAAACCCUACAUCCUUUGUCUAGAGACAAGUUGGUAGGUAAACAGGGGAGUAAAUACCAUUUAGAGCUUGUGUAGAGCUUGGUGGUUAAAUAAUGUUUUUAUUUCUUCUGAAUCCAGUUGUUGCCAUUCUGUUUUUCCUAUUUAUUCAAGCUCCAUGCCAGCUAAACCUGAAAAAAGUUCCAGAAAGCAAAUAACUCUUUUAAAUUGUAAUCCUUCCCUUCAAAGUAUGCAGAAAAUGUACAAAAUCAACCAAACAGAAAAAAAACCAGAAACUUGGACUUGAAUUUUGAUCCGGCAAGUCAAUGCUAUGGGUAAGAAAUUGUUCAUUUCUUCUAAUUAAACCACAACUUUCCCAUUGCUACGUGUUUCCCAUGUUGGGAUUUUUGCUAAAGCACCAACUAUUAUGGGAUUUCCAUAAAAAUCUCAGAGCUGUAUCACCAUCCUGUACAUGGAAAAGUGACUGCUUCUGAUUCCCUGGUUGUUUUACCCCUUGGUCAGCCUGAAGUCCAGCAAACCAAAAGAAAUCUUGGAGCAGAAACUGGGCUCAGUUCAGCAUCCUGGCUGUUGGGUACUGCAGAUCUCAUUAACUAAUGGUAAUAUUAAGGAAGCACAAAGAUCAUCCAGUGCAUUCAUUUUGGGUGAAGUUUACUAUAAAUUCCUGUAGCAAUCACAUCUGGCUCUUCAGGCUUCCCACCGUUCUGUUGCAUCUACCUGCACUUCAUUUUAGUUGUGUGUUUCGAUGUAACCAAGCUCAUCUCUGUUCCCAUGGCUGCCUGCCUUCUGAUUUCGGUUUUUAUCUUCAGUCCCUGCUAUAGGAUGUGUCUGACAACAUGGGCAGGUGGCGGCUGAGAACUCAGGAUCCCUUCUUUAGCUGGAGAGCUAAUGCACUUGGCAUUUGCUUCCUGUUUAAUGAGCGUGGCAUCAGAAAUAAAGAAGGAAGACAUGAUGAUAGCAGCAGUGAGCAUGCAGAGUUCAGAGGGUGGAUCAGACUCGGCAGCUUCCGUGACACUUCAUCCUUCUGCAUCAGCCCAAGCUCCAGUGGUGCAGCCAGUGCCAGCCUCACAGCAGAGGGUUCUGGUGCAAGCAGCAGGCUCUGCUCCCAAAGGAGCGCAGAUGCAGCAAAUCUCUGUUCCCAGAGUUCAGCAGGUUCCACAACAGGUGCAAUCCGUGCAGCACGUCUAUCCAUCCCAGGUCCAGUAUGUGGAAGGAGAAGCUGUUUAUACCAAUGGAACCAUACGAGCCGCCUACUCCUACAACACCGAAGCUCAGAUUUACGCCCCUAGCAGCGCAGCUUCCUAUUUCGAACCGCAGGGAGGUGGAGCUCAGGUGACUACAGCGGCAUCCUCUCCUACAGCCAUUCCCUCUCACAACAUGGUGGGCAUCACCAUGGACAUUGGGGGAAGUCCGAUCCUCUCCAGCUCGGGAGCCUAUCUCAUUCAUGGGGGGAUGGAAAACACUAGACAUUCUCUGUCACAUACUUCACGCUCCUCUCCAGCAACGCUCCAGUGGUUGUUGGACAACUAUGAGACAGCGGAAGGUGUGAGCCUGCCCCGGAGUUCUCUCUACAACCACUACCUGAGGCACUGCCAGGAGCACAAGCUGGACCCAGUGAAUGCUGCUUCCUUUGGAAAACUGAUCCGGUCGGUGUUCAUGGGGCUGAGGACUCGCCGCCUGGGAACCAGGGGAAACUCCAAAUACCAUUACUAUGGGAUCCGGCUGAAGCCAGAGUCUCCGCUGAACCGCCUGCAGGAGGACACGCAGUACAUGGCCAUGAGGCAGCAGCCCAUUCACCAGAAGCAAAGGUACAGACCAGCUCAGAAGAUGGAUGGCGUGGCAGAAGCCGGUUCCAACAGCAGCCUGCACACAACCCCUGAGCAAUCAGUUGCUGCUCAAAGUCAGCACCAUCAGCAGUUCAUAGAUGUAACCCACGUCUUUCCUGAGUUCCCAGCCCCUGAUCUGGGUAACGUCCUCUUACAAGAAGGGGUCACCAUGAAUGAUGUGAAAACUCUUCAGCUUCUUUACAGGAGACACUGCGAGGCAACUUUGGAUGUUGUAAUGAACCUUCAGUUUCAUUAUAUUGAGAAACUGUGGCAGUCCUUCUGGAGUCCUAAAACACCACCUAGUGAUGGCUCUGCUGCCCUGCCAUCCAGUGAAGAAGAACAUGAAGGGACCCUCCCAAAAGACAAGCUGAUCACUCUGUGUAAAUAUGAACCCAUCCUCAAGUGGAUGAGAAGCUGUGACCACAUCCUGUACCAGGCCCUGGUGGAGAUUCUCAUCCCCGAUGUGCUGCGACCGGUGCCCAGCACACUUACACAGGCGAUUCGUAAUUUUGCCAAGAGUUUGGAAGGGUGGCUGAUGAAUGCAAUGAGUGAAUUCCCCCCCCAGAUUGUCCAGACAAAGGUCGCAGUAGUGAGUGCCUUUGCACAGACGUUGCGGAGAUACACAUCCCUUAACCACCUGGCCCAGGCUGCUCGUGCUGUGCUGCAGAACACUUCCCAGAUAAACCAGAUGCUCAGCGAUCUCAAUCGGGUCGACUUUGCCAACGUGCAGGAGCAAGCCUCGUGGGUGUGCCAGUGUGAGGAAGGCAUGGUGCAAAAGCUGGAGCAGGAUUUCAAGCUCACACUGCAGCAGCAGAGCUCCCUGGACCAGUGGGCCAGCUGGCUGGAUAAUGUUGUUACUCAAGUCCUGAAGCAUCACGAGGGCAGUCCCAGCUUCCCCAAGGCAGCUAGGCAGUUCCUGUUGAAAUGGUCUUUCUAUAGCUCCAUGGUGAUCCGUGACCUCACCUUGCGCAGCGCUGCCAGCUUUGGUUCCUUCCACCUGAUUCGCCUGCUGUAUGAUGAAUACAUGUUUUAUCUGGUAGAGCAUCGUGUUGCCCAGGCAACAGGGGAGACGCCAAUCGCUGUAAUGGGAGAGUUUGGUGACCUCACAUCCAUGUCCCCAGCACUGCUGGACAAAGACCCCAUCAGUGAGCUGGGCAGCGAAGUGGACACGGAUUCCCGGAGCGUGGGGGAGCCGCUCGUGAAGCGAGAACGCAGCGACACGGGGCACUCACUGCAGGAGAUCUGACAGGGGGAUGUGGCUGUUCUCCAGCUGGAUGGAGACAUCUGGAGCCAGGUUUGGCAGCCUCGAGCCUGAGUCUCCCCACGUCUGUGCUAUUAGUGCCUCUUAGUUUCUCUCUCUGUUUACCGCUGUUUGAGGAAGGGCUGCGGGCGGUGAGCCCGGAUGGGGGGCAGAAGGAGGCUCUGCCUGCACCCAGCUCUCUGCCAGCAGCUGAGUAGAGGGUGAAGGACAAAGUCUGCUGAAGGGAGGUUGAAGCAUCUGACUGACUGUGCCUGGCAGGAGAGGCUGUGCCCCACUGAACGAUGGGGCAAAGGAGGCUUUCUCUUUCAGGGAAGGUAAUUUGGAUUUUUUCCCCACUUCUCAGACUUCACUGUGAUACAGACUUGAACCAAUCAGUGCCCAAGAGGAAGGAAAAAUGCCUGACCCUUCUCCUACAGCCUUUUAAGAUGCACUGUCCUGGCUCUGACUUUGCCAAAUCAUUUGUGCUGGGCUGUGGUACCGUGCACCUCUUGAACCUGUCUGGGGCUGUGCUCCGAGCCGGUCCCCACAAGUGGCACUGAUACGUGCCCUGGGACUUGGGAUGAGCCCUCCCUGCUGCCCUCACGUCCUGCCAGCCACGUGUUCCAUCUGCGAGCGAUCCUGGGAUGCUGUCAAACCGACCCAAGAUACCAAAGGACUCCGAGGACGCAACAGCUGGACACCGAGCUGGCUCUGAUGCCCAUGUCUGCAGGGUGGGAUGUUCCCGUCCUCUCCAGGGUACCCACACAGAGGGCAUGAUCUGACACCCUGGGUUCCAGCAGGUUCUGCAGAAUUCCAGCUCGACGUCCUGCGAAAACACCACCGUGGCCCUACACAGGGUGUAUCCAGAGCAUGGGGAGGGUGUGCGACCGCAGUGCCUUAGGACAGGCUGGCAGACCUGCUUCUGCGGUGCUCCACUCCUGCUCCAACCCCGGCCCUGCAGCAGCGAGGGCUCCCUGUGGCCGUGGCUGGCAUCACGCUCAGCACUGCGGGGACGUUUCCCUGCUGUGCCAUCGCUGUGGGGCUGAGCCAAGGCAGCUCUGCACGGCUGCAGGCAGUGGGGGGUCUGUUGUCAAGCCAACUGCAAAAAGCAAACCCCGAGGCAAAUCUUUCUGUGAAUAAAGGCUGUGUCAUAAAUAGCUUUUAUUAUAAUUAUUUCUAAUGAUGUUUUAUAUGGUAUGUUUGAUGUGAGCUUUUCCAGGGGCCUCGUGUACAUUUGCAUAUCAGAGUAUAUUCUAUCCAAAUAUAAUAUUUACUCAUUCAGAGUGUGGUACUAAGGUAGCUGUGACACUUUAAAAGAAAUGGAAAGUAAAAAGAAAGCGUGUACAGUGUACAUCUUUCCCUCUUACUGUUCCGUGCUGGUGUCUGUCAGAGUGGUGUCUGUCUGUUAAUGUCUCCUAUCACAGUAGGAAGAGACAAAUGAGAAGGCUGGAUUUAUGUGUAAAUAAUGAUGGUGAUUACUCCCUGGGUCAGCAUUGCCCCUCACAUCCUGCUGAUAAGAGAUGAUGGUCAAAAAACAACCGAGCAACCAAGUCUUAAAUUCCCCUGCUCCCACAGAGUGUGAUGCUAACUUCAGCUGCUGCAUUGGCUCUAUGGACCAGACCCAACCACCUCCUGCUGAGAUGCUCUGGAGCUGUGCAGCACCAAAAGACGAAUCUGGAUCACCCCCUCAAGUCCACAUGCACAAAAUUCCCAGCUGAACCCGAAUAGCAAUAAAUGUAUAUCAAAUGCUCA